GUUUCCAUGUUCCCCGAUAAUGUUCGAAAGAUGGUAGCCGUUGCUGUAAACGCCUAUGUAACGUCGAAAGAAAUCAACAUUUAGAAAAGUAUAUCCUUUCACUCUAUUCAUUGAAAAUCAGUCGGCGCUAGCAAUCGUUUUAUUAUCCUUUCGUUUGGAUGUCGAUAGAAUACCAAAAUGUAGACAGUUGGUCCGAAAAAAUGCGAGCUCCACUAACAGAAAUAUACGGGGAGGUCUAUUUCCGAAGAACUUGGUCUAAUUGGACAGAUGCAAUUUUGAGAAUUUGUGGAAAACAACACGGUGACUUAUGCAAAGUGUUGCUAACGCGAAUUAAAUGUCCCAGUUCGAUGAUUCAAGACAAGGACCCUGUGGUACUCGCCGAGCAUCCAAUUUACUUGAAGGAUCACAUCGUCGGAGCAAAGUUUGUAUCUUAUUUAUAUUACGAUCUAAUGGCUAACGAUGAAGUCGAUGAUAAAUCAUUUCAGGUUGCAAAUUUUUUGAAGAGGAGCGCAUAAUUUGCAUUUACGAUAUCCUGAGAAAUUUAACGAGAUCGUUAUCAAGUCUUUAAUCGGCUGAUCGAUGGUUUCACGAUAUACAUAAAUAUGUGGUAGAUAUGAUAUACAGUCUUAUAUACCUUUUUUUAUCUCGAU